GCCGCCCGUGUCUUUACACAGGAGGAGAGUCUAGUGGGGAGGAGUGGUGGGAGCGCAAUGACAGAGCAGUCAUUGUGCGUGAAGGACCAUGACAGUCCGGAACGGUAGGAGUUAGCAGAGAAGAAGAAGAAGAAGAAGAAGAAGGCUGUAACCAGACCCUUCACCUGCAGAUGAAUCCCACGAUACCCCGCGAGGAAAUCAUGCGAUGUGACAGAGAUUCGCGCGCCCGUGGUUCACUUGCGCCUUUUCAAACACCUUCAGGGAGUUCACAUGUUCCUGCGCGUCGACUGGGACGCGAUGUUUAGGCGCAGACGACCGCUGAGUUUGGAUGUGUGUUUCGUAGCUUGUCAAAUUGCUGUGUGGGCAAAAGUAAGGGAGGAUGCAGGUGAAGAAGCACCGGGGCUCGGACCGAAGCAGCGGGGACAUGCUGGAAGGAGACGGCCCCCGUAAAAACUCCUCAUGCUUCUCAAAUAUCAAGAUAUUCUUGAUAUCGGAAUGCGCCCUCAUGUUGGCACAGGGCACCGUCGGAGCAUACUUGGUGAGUGUGCUGACCACACUGGAGCGACGGUUCAACCUGCAAAGUGCUGACGUAGGAGUGAUAGCCAGCAGCUUCGAGAUAGGCAACCUGGCACUGAUCCUGUUUGUCAGCUACUUUGGGGCCAAAGCACAUCGACCCCGUUUGAUCGGCUGCGGGGGCAUUGUCAUGGCGCUUGGAGCCCUUCUCUCAGCUCUGCCUGAGUUUCUGACUAAUCAGUAUGAGAUAGGGAAAAUGUGGAGAACUGACGUGGGUCGGGAUGUUUGUUCCAACACCAGCAGCAGGGAAGCCCAGCUGGCUGAGGACACAGUAUGUGCCAACAAGGCCAACACCAACAUGAUGUACCUGCUGCUGAUCGGAGCCCAGGUCCUGCUGGGGAUUGGAGCCACACCAGUGCAACCCCUGGGGGUAUCCUAUAUUGAUGAUCAUGUGAAGAAGAAAGACUCAUCACUCUAUAUAGGAAUCCUCUUUUCUACACUGGUGUUUGGUCCGGCCUGUGGCUUUAUCCUCGGCUCACUCUGCACUAAGUUCUACGUGGACGCUAUCUUCAUCGACACCAGUAAGCUGGGCAUCACUCCAGAUGACCCGCGGUGGAUCGGGGCCUGGUGGGCAGGCUUCCUCCUAUGCGGUGCCUUACUCUUCUGCUCAGCUCUCCUUAUGUUUGGCUUCCCUCAGUCACUGCCGACGAGUGAGAGAGAGGAGGAGGCAGACAGCGAGCAGGUUAUGCUCCCUCCCUCUCUGACUUCAGACUAUGAGACUCCUAAGUCUAGUAAUGGGGUUGUAUGCAGCCACGAGCCUGCCAACAGCCCCACCUGCUGUCAGCAACUCAGGGUGAUCCCCAAGGUGACCAAGCACCUCCUGUCAAACCCAGUGUUCACUUGCAUCAUCCUGGCAGCCUGUAUGGAGAUUGCGGUCGUGGCUGGCUUUGCAGCCUUUCUGGGGAAAUACCUCGAGCAGCAGUUCAACCUCACGACCACCUCAGCAAACCAGCUGCUAGGUAUGACAGCCAUUCCAUGUGCGUGUCUGGGGAUCUUCAUGGGCGGCCUGCUGGUGAAGAAGCUGAACCUGUCAGCGCUUGGAGCCAUCCGCAUGGCCAUGCUGGUUAACCUGAUCUCCACUGCCUGCUACGUCUCCUUCCUGUUCCUGGGCUGUGACACCGGUCCUGUUGCAGGAGUAACGGUCUCGUAUGAUAACAGGACUCUGCGAGUUGGCGAGAAACCAGAAGCUCAGUGCAUCAGUCACUGCAACUGCUUCACCUCCUCCAUCAGCCCCGUGUGCGGCACCAACGGCGUCACCUACCUGUCUGCCUGCUUCGCCGGCUGCACCCAAGCAAGAAGCACAAAGACCUUGUCGAGCAUCUCUCAGAACCUGACUGGAUGUGCUUGUAUAUCCCCUGAGAGCGAGCUGGCCACAGCAGUUCCGGGCAAAUGUCCGACACCAGGCUGCCAGGAGGUUUUCCUCAUCUUCCUGUGUGUGAUCUGUGCUUGCAGCCUGGUCGGAGCCAUGGCCCAGACUCCCUCUGUUAUCAUCCUGAUUAGGACUGUGAGCCCCGAACUCAAAUCAUACGCGCUUGGAGUGUUGUUUCUUUUGCUCCGACUCCUUGGAUUCAUCCCCCCUCCUCUGAUCUUUGGUGCUGGGAUCGAUUCUACUUGCCUUUUCUGGAGUUCCGACUGCGGUGAUAAAGGUGCUUGCCUGUUGUACGACAACAUCGAAUACAGGCAUCUAUACGUGAGCCUCGCCAUCAUCCUCAAGGGCGUCGCCUUCCUCCUCUACACUACCACGUGGUAUUGCUUACGCAGGAACUACAAGAAGUAUAUCAAAGGUCAUGAGGGCCACAUGACGCCAGCUGAGUUUUACCCCUCUCUCUCAGAUGGCCCCAAACUAGUCGACAGGACAAAGUUUAUAUAUAACCUAGAGGACCAUGAGUUUUGUGAAAAUAUGGAGUCAGUUUUAUAGUUUGUAAUGCAAGAAAAGGACAAUGCGGACGUCCAUAUUUUCUCAAAGGACUCUUUUUAUUCUUCUUUUCUUGAAAGAAUAAAUUGAAAUGGUUUUGUUAAAGGCAAUCUAUUUAAUGGCCCGUUCAGGUCACAGGAGACGUGGCUCUCCAAAGCGCUUCACUCCUUUAAAUUAAAGUGUCAAUUUUAGCCGUUUACGUAUCAGCGAGGUGUUGUCCAGUGUUGCCGGUGAAGUCCUGUGUUGACUUGGUGGUAGAAGAAGACUACAGUACUGUCUGGCUCAGUCCUAGUUGAUUAUUAGUGAGUGGACAUGAUGCUACUACAGCUAUAGUUGCCAUAAUGUUUUAGGUCUGUCAUGAUUCCAGUGAUCUGUGUGAAAAAUGACAGUUUCCUUGCAGUCAGUGCACUGUGUGUUCUGUCUGUGACUCUCUCAAAAAUGAGAUUUUUAUGGAAAAAAAAAAAAUAGUUUGGGUGGUUCUUCAGUUAUUCAUGUUUAAAAGUUGCCAAGUGUUUACAAACUAAUAGUUUCAUCAGUUAGUGCAUUUUACUUCAGUGCAGGAGGGUUCGUUAUAAAACGAGGACAGAAACACCCUGACUGGGUUAUUAUAGUGGCCUAUUAGAUGUUUUAACUGUCAAAGUGUAAUAACUUCAAACAAGAUAGUGUUUUCAUGUCAUCAUGCACUGUUCAGUUUCUCGUUCUCUUGCUGGAUCACAGGCCCUGGUUCUGAUACUGUUUAGACAAGACCGUGCAGUCUCGUCUCACAGGUGCAAAUGUGCAAUUCACAUCUGAUAGGUCUUUGUUUGUUACUGGCGUUGUGUCAGACUGCAGGUUUCAUAAUUCUAGCAGUUUGUUUCAUGUUCAUGUUUGUUUUUUGUUUGUUUUUUUUUUUACAUCUGCAGAGUUUAUUCAGCCUAAUAUGUCUUAAUAAGGGAUUAUUCAGUAAGAAUGGUAAUUUUAUUUCCUUUUGACCUCUGCGCCUAGUGGAAGAGCAAAGUCAGCUAAGAGUUUAUAUGUCUUUGUUUAUGGACAUUUGAGUUAAAGAGAUAUGGAGUAAUAUAUUUGUUUCUUUAGGUCCACAAUGUUUUAUUAUAUUGUAUUUGAAAGGAGAGUAUAAAUUAUAUAUAAUCAAAUUGAGGUGUGUGUGUCUGAUGCCACAGAAGAUUUGGGACAAUUGGAGAGUAGUGUGUCAACAUAUUUGGCAAAAAAUCUUAACGCAGUCUGUGUUUCAAACCAGUAAUAUCUGCAUAGGAAGUUAUAGAAAUCCUACAGGAGGCUGUGUGUGCAAGCCAGUCUAACAAAGUGACCAACACCAAGAACACACUGAAUUUAUUCCUGGACGUAUUUGAACAACUCUUCAGCUCAAUUUGUCACAUACAACCUGUUACUCUACUGAUCUCUCUGCAGUUACAGUUUUGACUUUGUCGUCCCUUUUCUUACACUUUUGUAUGGCAACAUAUCAUUUAUUUUACUCUGGAAAUAAAUUAUUUUUCAGAAAAUUAA